GGCGGACGAUGCGUCGGCGGAAGCCCAGCUGGCCGCCAAGCGUGCGGAGGUGCGGCGGCUGUUCGGCCCCGGCUCCCGCCUCCACCAGCUGGUCAGCUGGCUGGGCGGGGCUGAGGGGAAGGACGACUGCCUCAUCGUGCUGGACGAGUGCCACAAGGCCAAGAACCUGCUGGACGCGGCGGGGAACUCCAGCCAAACCGGCCUGGCGGUGGAGUCGCUGCAGGACCAGCUGCCCAACGCACGCGUGCUGUACAGCAGUGCCACGGGGGCCUCGGAGCCGGACAACCUGAGAUACAUGAUCCGACUGGGCUCCUUCGGCUACCCGCACAUCGGGGACAUGAUCAACGCGCUCAAGAGGUCGGGUCUGGGUGCACUGGAGAUGUUUUGCAUGGGGCUGAAGGCCACUGGCACCUACGUGUCCCGUACCCUGUCGUACAAGGGGGCGGAGUUCCGUACGGAGGUGCUGGAGAUCGACCCCACCUUCCGUGUGAUGUACGACCGCUCCUGUGCGCUGUGGAGCCUGGUGUACAAUGUGAUGCGCGCACUGCCCAAGACCAAGAACCGCAGCGGGAGGGACAUGAAGGCCAGCCUGUUCUGGGGCGCGCACCAGCGCUUCUACCGGCAGAUGCUCAUCGCGUCAAAGGUCCGGCGCUGUGCCGAGCUUGCUGACGAGGCGCUCCGUCGCGGCAUGUGUGUUGUGAUCGGGCUGCAAUCCACGGGGGAGGCCAACCUGAACAGCGCGCGGGAGGCAGCAGCGGCGGGGGGAGGAGCGGGAGGAGGUGAUGAGGAGGGCAUGGAUGACUUUGUGUCGGCUCCCAAGAUGAUCCUGCAUAACUUCAUCUCCCAGUGGCUCUUCCACUUCAACACUCCGGUGGGGGGCCUCAUGCGACAAAAGAAGAUGCAGCACCUGCAGAGCGAGAUCUACCGCGUUUGCCUGGCAUGGAAGAACCAGCCCCCAGCUGCCGAGGAGGCAGCCCGCAUCGCCCGUACCGCCAGGAUAGAGGCGAAGAAGGAGGCGCGCAGGGCGGCGGCAGCGGAGGCUGCCGCCGCUGCUGCUGUCGCUGCUGCU